AUGAAGAUCCCCAAAUAUAUACCAGAGGUUCUGUUUGAUGAUAGUAAUAUCACUUCCGUGGUGGAGCACGCCAGGGCUUCCGUCACAGCGGCCACUCAGAGGUCCGUGGACUUCGACAGGGUAAGCGGCCAGCUGACGAACUUGGGCAAGACCGUCGCCUCCGCUACCACCCCGGAGCUAGGGAAGGUGCUCGGAACGCUGGCGGUGCAGGGCCAGCAGCUCACUCCCUCAGCCGUCUUCAAGCUGCUUGGCGCGCACCUUGGCAUCACGGAGGCUCCCGCGGACGCGCGCGCAGAAACGAGGUGCCAGGCGUGCGUUAAGAUCCAGGUGAUCACCGCCGGAACGCUCCCAAUGCUGUGCGGGGUGGAGGUUGUGGUUCCCAUGGAAAAGCGGACCGCGAUGUUCGCCACACAGAUCAUCGACACCCUGUGGG